AUGUCGCCGACUGAGGUAAACCCAGUCCUUGGCAACUCCCGUCUACCAAGGGUUGCGCCAGGACGGAGCUGCAUUGCCUGUCGUAAGCGAAAAAUCAGAUGUGACAGGAUUCAGCCAUGUGGCUACUGCACCAAAAUUCGCGUUCAAUGCGUCUAUCCAACUCCAGAACAUGAAGUCCUCAAACCUCCAGCUGAUGACGUCCUCGCGAGACUGCGGCGUAUUGAGGCAUCGAUGGCGAGGCUAGAAGCCAGAGGUGCCAUUGAGACAUCCCCAGAAAAUCAACCUACACCGGACCAUCACCUUAUCUCAGCACCAGGCAACGGAAUGAAUAAGAAAGAAACCCUCCCGCAGAGUGGAAGAUUGCUCGUUGAACAAGGUGAUACCCGGUUCGUGAACGGGAGUUUCUGGAACGCUUUAGAAGACGAAGCAGAACUACAAGAACUGCCAUCCGAAUCAUCGUCUGUCCAGCAGGCAAACGCAGCAUCAUCUUCCAUCCCGCUGACUGCCCAGCCUAAUGAGAAUCUUAACAAUCACUACCAACGCUUCAUUUUCGGCAUGAGCAUUUCUCCAAACCCAGGUGGCCUGGCUCAUUUGCACCCACCAGAAGCUAAAAUCUUCAGUUUGUGGCAAAUCUAUCUCGAAAAUGUUGAUCCACUUCUGAAACUACUUCACGUUCCAACAACCCAAUGUCAACUCCUCAGAGCUACGGGCCAUCUGGCCGCUAUUCCUCCUCCAAUGGAAGCUCUCAUGUUUGCAAUAUACUAUGCUGCAGUCACCAGUUUACAAUGCCCGAUGGCCUCCAAAUCCCUCUUGUUCGAGGAACGCUCAGUCCUCCUCGACCGUUACAGGACUGGUAUCGAAUGCAGCCUAGCGAGAGCGAAUUUCAUGAUUACUCCAGAUGUGCCCACUCUACAAGCUUUGACUCUUUGGCUCAUAUGUGCAAGACAAGCUGUCGACAAGACGUACGUUUGGUCCUUGGUGGGCCUGUUACACCGCCUAGCAACCAAACUUGGCUUGCACCGUGAUCCCGCGACUCUAGGGCUCCCACCUUUCAUGGCAGAGAUGAGAAGGCGAUUGUGGUGGCACAUCUGCAUACUCGACGUUCGCACAGCCGAGGACAACGACAUGGAUCCCUUGAUUUGUGAGCAUAAUUUUGACACAAAGUAUCCUUCCAACGCUAAUGAUAGCGACCUCGAUCUUGACAUGACCAAUCCCCUUGGAGAAAAUCAUAAUCGCACUGAAAUGCUUUUCUGCUUCACAAGAUUCGACAUCAGCUACGCAGCAAGGAAGGUUGUCUUUUCGCAAAAAUUCACGGUUGACAAUGGCUAUGCAAUUUUGAACUUGGCUGAGAAAACGUCCUUUAUCGAUGCUCUUCUCAAGGAGUUGGAUGACAAACAUCUCAAAUAUUGCGACAAAAAGAUCCCAAUAUGCUUUUUGACCUUGACGGCAUCGCGCUUGAUUCUCGCCAAGAUGAAACUCACGAUUCAUCGCCCCAGUCGCAACAAUUCAUCAACAUUAACUGAAGAGCAAAAAGAAGAUUUGGUCAACAGUAGUAUUGACAUCAUUGAAUAUGCGCAUGAUCUGAGGAGCAAUGACAAAUACUCUCGUUGGGUGUGGUUGUUCCAGCAAUAUGUUGAAUGGGACGCCGUCGCCUUUCUCCUCCACAGCCUCGGUGUAUCGCGUCGACCAUCUCAUGAUGGCAGAGCCUGGGCCGCGAUCGAUGGCUUUUUCAGAGACUGGAAAGAUCAUAUUCCCAACGGUCUUCGUGAACGAAGGUGGCAAAAGCUCCUGUCCCUUUUAGCCCAGGCCAAGGCCAAUCGCGGAGAUGAUUCUGAACGCGGCAUUCCUUAUGAACCAGGUGUCCGUGAUUCUCCUGUUGCACAACAUCGAGUCAACCCCACGGACAUUCCAGAUUCACAUCUGACUCGAUCCCAAAGGCAGAACUACAUGCCUGGCGUGGGGACAUGGGAAUCAUCGAUGCACAUUUCUGAUAACGAUCUCGUUCCCCGGCCGACCGAGGGAUUGCUUUCAUCGAAUUUCAACCAGGCAGAACUCAGCGUCCCGCCUUCGUCGACAGACAAUGUUGCCGUCGAUUGGAAUUUCGAUAACAUCCCAUACUCGACCCACAGCCUAGUAAAUUGGGAGAUGGACAUUGAUGACACUGGAUUCUAUUCAUGGCUAUAG